AUGGUGGUUGAACAGAGAGUGGAGCUGAGGUACAUGAAAGAACAAGUUGAUGAGCUGAGGAGAGAGAAUGAAGGUAAAAGUGAAUUUUAAAUACACUCUCCUCCAUAUUUAUUUGGACAGUGAAGCUAAAACUUUUAAUUUGGCUCUAUAGACCGGUUGGUUGUUUAGCAACAACACCGACACGUGUGCAACUAUGGGGCAAGACAGACAGGGUUGGAUUAGAUUGUUGACAAUGUGUAAACUAUAUUUAGUCUCCAAUUUUUAUUAAAAACAAAUGUGCACUUGUCUCUCAAAUACAUUGUUACAGUUGUUGGGUACAUAGCUAGUGAAUUUUAGCCAUAUUAGCAUAGACAGUCAAAACAAGACAUGGUAUCUGUCACACCCUGGCUCUGGGACUCAUUAUGUUGAGCCAGGGUGUGUUCAUUCUAUGUGUGUAUUUCUAUGUUGGUAAUUCUGUUGUGUUUAAUUCUAUGUUUGCCUGAGUGACUCCCAAUCAGAGGCAACGAGUGUCAGCUGUUGGCUGGUUGUCUCUGAUUGGGAGCCAUAUUUAAACUGUAUGUUUUUCCCUUUGGGUUUGUGGGUUUUUGUUCCGUGUUUGGUCAUUGAUACCGUGGACGUCACGAGUCGUGUUUUGUUUUGUAUUUUGACGCUUUAACUAAUUAAAGUCAUGUUUGUUCAUCACGCUGCGCAUUGGUCUCUCCCUGACGAUCGUGACAGUAUCAAGAAAAAGAUUAAAUGACCUAUCUACGAUUCCCCACAUGGAAGCUUCUUGUCAUUGUUGCUAGCGAUCUGACCAUCCAGAAUCACAACAACACACAGCCUUCUGCCCCAUUGAAGCGUGAGCAUUGUUUUCGUGAUGUUGUCAGCUAACUCGUCUUUACGCCAGCAUUUUGGAUUUUGGAUUUGAGAUCCUACACUCGAUCCCUCCGAUGUCAAGAACUACAGACCAGUAUCCCUUCUUUCUUUUCUCUCCAAAACUUGAGCGUGCCAUCUCUAGCCAACUCUCUUGCUAUCUCUCUCAGAAUGACCUUCUUGAUCCAAACCAGUCAGGUUUCAAGACUGGUCAUUCAACUGAGACUGCUCUUCUCUGUGUCACGGAGGCUCUCCGCACUGCUAAAGCUAACUCUCUCUCCUCUGCUCUUAUUCUUCUAGACCUAUCUACUGCCUUUGAUACUGUGAACCAUCAGAUCCUCCUCUCCACCCUCUCCGAGUUGGGCAUCUCCGGUGCUGCUCACUCUUGGAUUGCGUCCUACCUGACAGGUCGCUCCUACCAGGUGGCGUGGCGAGAAUCUGUCUCCGCACCACGUGCUAUCACCACUGGUGUCCCCCAGGGCUCAGUUCUAGGCCCUCUCCUAUUCUCUCUAUACACCAAGUCACUUGCCUCUGUCAUAUCCUCACAUGGUCUCUCCUAUCAUUGCUACGCAGACGACACACAAUUAAUAUUCUCCUUUCCCCCUUCUGAUAACCAGGUGGCAAAUCGCAUCUCUGCAUGUCUGGCGGACAUAUCAGUGUGGAUGUCGGAUCACCACCUCAAGCUGAACCUCGGCAAGACGGAGCUGCUCUUCCUCCCGGGGAAGAUCUCCAUGAUCUCGCCAUCACGGUUGACAACUCCAUUGUGUCCUCCUCCCAGAGUGCAAGGAACCUUGGCGUGACCCUGGACAACACCCUGUCAUUUUCCGCCAACAUCAAAGCGGUGACCCGAUCCUGCAGGUUCAUGCUCUACAACAUUCGCAGAGUAUGACCCUACCUUACACAGAAAGUGGCACAGGUCCUAAUCCAGGCACUUGUCAUCUCCCGUCUGGAUUACUGCAACUCGCUGUUGGCUGGGCUCCCUGCCUGUGCCAUUAAACCCCUACAACUUAUCCAGAACGCUGCAGCCCGUCUGGUGUUCAACCUUCCCAAGUUCUCUCAUGUCACCCCGCUCCUCCGCACACUCCACUGGCUUCCAGUUGAAGCUCGCAUUUACUACAAAACCAUGGUGCUUGCCUACGGAGCUGUGAGGGGAACGACACCUCCUUACCUUCAGGCUCUGAUCAGACCCUACACCCAAACGAGGGCACUACGUUCAUCCACCUCUGGCCUGCUAGCCCCCCUACCUCUACGGAAGCACAGUUCCCGCUCAGCCCAGUCAAAGCUAUUCGCUGCUCUGGCACCCCAAUGGUGGAACAAGCUCCCCCACGACGCCAGGACAGCGGAAUCACUGACCACCUUCCGGAGACACUUGAAACCCUACCUGUUUAAGGAAUACCUGGAAUAGUACAACAGUAAUCAUUCUACCCCCCCCCCCCCCCCCCCCCCCUCCCCCACCCCCCCAUAAAAAAAAUAAAAAAGGGGGUGGUUGUCCCACUGGCUGUCCUAAGUUGAAUGCAUCAAUUUGUAAGUCGCUCUGGAUAAGAACGUCUGCUAAAUGACUUAUAUGUAAAAAUUACCUUAUCCUGUCGCAUUUUUGAAAAAAGUUUGGCAUCAACCGAUUGACCUUUAUGUAAACUGGCCAUGCUCCCAGCAAUCUUUGCGGUGCCAAUGGGAAAAGAUGAGUGUCAACCAAUUGACACUUAUGUCAAUGCAUUGCAGUUAAUAGGAAAGGAUGACUGUCACAACAAGAGACAGAAAAACUCAACAGAAAGAAAAAACAGAACAACUGUAACGAAGACGCAGGGAAUCAGGACGCAGGUGCAUCUGGUGAGUUUAAUAAUAACGAACAUGGAGAGUUACCAAACAAGAGAACCGUCUGGACAUGAAAACAGAACCAAUACUGCCUGAUGACUGAGGUUGGUGAAGGCUAUAUGAAGGGAGAGUAACCAGGGUGGUGAUGAAGUCAAGGUGUGCAUAACGUUGGGGAGCAGGUGUGCGCAAUGAUGGUUGCCAGGUGUGCGCAAUGUGGGUUGCCAGUGUAACUGGUGUGAAAUGGCUAGCUAGUUAGCGGUGCGCGCUAACUGGCUAGCUAGUUAGCAGUGCGGGUCCCUGGUUCGAGCCCAGGUAGGGGCGAGGAGAGGGAUGGAAGCAACACUGUUACAUUGAUGCUGUUGACCCGAAACCUGGUUGCUGCGGAAAAGGAGGAGGUCAAAAGGGGGAUGAAUGUAACCGGUGUGAAAUGGCUAGCUAGUUAGCGGUGCGCGCUAGUAGCAUUUCAAUCGGUGACGUCACUCGCUCUGUGACCUUGAAGUAGUUGUUUCCUUGCUCUGCAAGGGCAGUGGCUUUUGUGGAGCGACGGGUAACGGUGCUUCGAGGGUGUGCAGAGGGUCCUUGGUUCGAGCCCAGGUAGGGGCGAGGAGAGGGACGGAAGCAACACUGUUACACCAGGACCGGUGGUUAGUAGACCGGCAACGUUGAGCGCCGGAGGGAGGGAGCAGGAGUAGGCUUGACAACAACAUUGCUCUUAGGGAAUUGGCACCUUGCUUCAUUUAUAUUUGACAUACUGUACAGUAUAAGGAUUAUGUUCUGCAUUAAAAAUAAUGACUGUGGAUCAGGGUGGGUUGCAGGUUGUAUGUUGUGUUGCCCAUCAUCACAUGAAAGAUACGCUAUAAAUGGCUGCCAUAUCUUAACGAAUGUAUUAGAUCUGCCAGAGAUAUCAUGGUGAAUCAUUUCUAUAUGUAGUAAACUGGUGACUUCAGCUAACCAGGUUUUAAAAACAGGUACAGUCUCCCUAUUCCAAAGGCUUAAAAUGUUUAUUUUUGCAAUAACCAUGCCAUAUUGUACAGUCCUCUGUUCCCAGUGGGUUAAAGUAGGUGCUGUGACCUGCCUAAAACAGCAGUGUCCGGGCUGGUAUGAGGUUACAGCUGUAUACUUCUGAGUAACACUUAAAAAUAUCCUGCCAGAAUGUGUGCAGUUUGGGGCAUGACCAGAAGAGGUGACCCAGAGUACCCUCGGCAGACUUGCACUUAGGGCAUAUCGGCGAGACCGAGGGGUAGAACGAGUGUAAUUUGGUACAGGAAUAGUGUAGUCUGUGAAUCACUUUGUAUUGAAUAAGUUGGUGUCUGGAGUUUAUCGAGCACAAGUGAAUAUCUUGAAGGCAAUCAGCCCAACUGUCAUCAGUAAUCUCCAUACCAAGGUAUUCCUCCCAGGUCUCCUUCAAAUGUUGUGUGGAUACAGAGUAAUAUGAUGUAAAGUCUGGAGAUCAAACUCUUGGAGUCAGGGGCGAGGUUCAUGAAAAUAUACAGUUCGCGGGCAGAUGUACAGUGGGGAAAAAAAGUAUUUAGUCAGCCACCAAUUGUGCAAGUUCUCCCACUUAAAAAGAUGAGAGAGGCCUGUAAUUUUCAUCAUAGGUACACGUCAACUAUGACAGACAAAAUGAGGAAAAAAAAUCCAGAAAAUCACAUUGUAGGAUUUUUUUUUAAUUUAUUUGCAAAUGAUGGUGGAAAAUAAGUAUUUGGUCAAUAACAAACGUUUCUCAAUACUUUGUUAUAUACCCUUUGUUGGCAAUGACACAGGUCAAACGUUUUCUGUAAGUCUUCACAAGGUUUUCACAUACUGUUGCUGGUAUUUUGGCCCAUUCCUCCAUGCAGAUCUCCUCUACAGCAGUGAUGUUUUGGGGCUGUCGCUGGGCAACACGGACUUUCAACUCCCUCCAAAGAUUUUCUAUGGGGUUGAGAUCUGGAGACUGGCUAGGCCACUCCAGGACCUUGAAAUGCUUCUUACGAAGCCACUCCUUCAUUGCCCGGGCGGUGUGUUUGGGAUCAUUGUCAUGCUGAAAGACCCAGCCAUGUUUCAUCUUCAAUGCCCUUGCUGAUGGAAGGAGGUUUUCACUCAAAAUCUCACGAUACAUGGCCCCAUUCAUUCUUUCCUUUACACGGAUCAGUCGUCCUGGUCCCUUUGCAGAAAAACAGCCCCAAAGCAUGAUGUUUCCACCCCCAUGCUUCACAGUAGGUAUGGUGUUCUUUGGAUGCAACUCAGCAUUAUUUGUCCUCCAAACACGACGAGUUGAGUUUUUACCAAAAAGUUCUAUUUUGGUUUCAUCUGACCAUAUGACAUUCUCCCAAUCCUCUUCUGGAUCAUCCAAAUGCACUCUAGCAAACUUCAGACAGGCCUGGACAUGUACUGGCUUAAGCAGGGGGACACAUCUGGCACUGCAGGAUUUGAGUCCCUGGCGGCGUAGUGUGUUACUGAUGGUAGGCUUUUUUUACUUUGGUCCCAGCUCUCUGCAGGUCAUUCACUAGGCCCCCCCGUGUGGUUCUGGGAUUUUUGCUCACCGUUCUUGUGAUCAUUUUGACCCCACGGGUGAGAUCUUGCGUGGAGCCCCAGAUCGAGGGAGAUUAUCAGUGGUCUUGUAUGUCUUCCAUUUCCUAAUAAUUGCUCCCACAGUUGAUUUCUUCAAACCAAGCUGCUUACCUAUUGCAGAUUCAGUCUUCCCAGCCUGGUGCAGGUCUACAAUUUUGUUUCUGGUGUCCUUUGACAGCUCUUUGGUCUUGGCCAUAGUGCAGUUUGGAGUGUGACUGUUUGAGGUUGUGCACAGGUGUCUUUUAUACUGAUAACAAGUUCAAACAGGUGCCAUUAAUACAGGUAACGAGUGGAGGACAGAGGAGCCUCUUAAAGAAGAAGUUACAGGUCUGUGAGAGCCAGAAAUCUUGCUUGUUUGUAGGUGACCAAAUACUUAUUUUCCACCAUCAUUUGCAAAUAAAUUCAUAAAAAAUCCUACAAUGUGACUUUUCUGGAAUUUUUUUUCGCAAUUUGUCUGUCAUAGUUGACGUGUACCUAUGAUGAAAAUUACAGGCCUCUCUCAUCUUUUUAAGUGGGAGAACUUGCACAAUUGGUGGCUGACUAAAUACUUUUUUUCCCCACUAUAAUUGCCUCAAAAUGUGGUAUAUUUAAGCAAACUUAAUUUCUUAUUGGAAGAUAUCGGAAGAAGUUAGAUGCGGGGAGAUCGUACACUUCCCUCAACUGUGCGAAUGUGGCAAAAGUAUUAUUGAUGUAAAGGUCUGCAAUAGUAGUAAUGCCCUUUCUCUUCCAGAAUAAAAAAGUAUUGUAAAUUAGUGAGGAGGGGGAAGCAUAGUUAUGGCAAAUAGGACUACAGGCAGAGGUCUCCAGGAGACGGAAUGUUUUCCUUAUUUGAUACCAAUUUUUUAUGCAUUUUUUGCAUAAAGUUAUUGCCAGUAAUAUCUGUAGGGGAUUUAGUUUAUGAAAACAGAAGUGCUGUAAGUGAGGUGUUGUGUAUAUCUUGUUCAAUAGCGAGCCAUGAAGGGGUGGAGGGAUCUACCAUUCCAGGGUAUGCAUCCUGCCAAUAAACAAGUGCUCUAGCAUUUGCUGCCCAAUAAUAAUGCUGAAAAUUUGGCAAGCUCAGGCCCCCUAAUUCUUUGGGCUUGAUUUUAUGUUUUUUAGAGAUACGGUGUACUUUGUAUCCCCACACAAAAGGCAAGAUGAUAGAAUCCAAGGAUUUGAAAAAAGCUUUAGUUAAAAAUAUAGGCAGAUUCUGAAAGAGAUAAAGGAAUCUGGGGAGUGUAACCAUUUUAAUAGCGUUAACAUGGCCUAUCAUAGAUAGAGGCAACACUCUCCAGAUUUCAAUGUUGCGCUUCAACUUCUCUAUCAUGUCGAGAUAGUUCAAUUUAUAAAUCAAUUUAGGGUCCUUGGGGAUGACAACACCUAAAUAUUUAAUUUUGUCUACUGUUUUUUAAAAAGGUAUAUGUUUAAGAAACUCUGGGUUCCCAGUUUAUGGUGUACCCAGAGAGUUCUCCAAAUGAUUCGAUGAGCUCCAACAGCGGUGGGAGUGACUCUUCGGGGCACGAGAGGAACAAAAUGUCAUCCACAUUGAGCGGAAUGCGGUGAUCAACCUUGCCCAAUGACAAGAUGGCUUCUGAUACUAAUAGCUAGGGGUUCCAUAGCAAUGGCGAAUAGCAACAGACUCAAGGGGCACCCCUGGUGGCAGGAACGUUGAAGUGAAAACGGAGGUGAUUUAUUGUAAUUAGUGAGAACUGAAGCCAUCGGGCACGCAUAUAGUAUUUAAAGAGACAAAACUCUCGCCCAAACCAAACUCAUUUAUUACUGUCAGAAUGUAGUUUAUUACAGUCAGAAUGUAGUUCCAUUCCACUUUGUCAAAUGUUUUUUGAGUGUCAAGAGCAAGAAUGGCAACUUUAAAAUCUUUGUCAUGUUUGGGAUACAUGAUAUUCAUCAGUCGUCUAACACUGGAAAAUUAGAAUCUGCCUGGGAUAAAAUCAGUUUGGUCAUGAUUAAUUAUAGUCAAAAUGCAUUUAUUUAGUCUGUUUGCGAGUAUUUUAUUAAACACCUUAAGGUCGCAUCCGAGGAGGGCAAUAGGACGAUAUGAAGAUGGAUCUGUUUCAACUUUAUCUUUCUUUAAUAUUAGGGAUAUAUUGGCUGAGUAGGAAGACUCCGGGAGUCUGCGAGUUUCAAUAGUGUUUAAACAUCCUUAACAUAAGAGGUUUAACCUUUUCUGAAUAUGCUUUGUAAAACUCUAUACCAAAGCCGUCAGGGCCAGCCGCUUUACCGUUAGGGAAGGAAAGUACUGCAGAGACAGGAAUGGGAAUGGAGGAAAUCAGACAUUUUCGUGGAGGCCGUGUCUGAUUCCCGCAUCUCUGAGUUUCUUCCUUGCUCUUGUUACGUUCGUUGUGUAAAGGAUCGGAUGCGUACAUAGUCGUUUAUUUUAAUAAACACCGACAAAAUAUCAAAAUCCAACAGAACGUGAAGUUCAAGAGGCUAAACAUCAAACAAGCCAAACAGAAACAAGAUCCCACAACUAAGGUAGGCAACAUGGCUGCCCAAGUAUGAUCCCCAAUCAGAGACAACGACCGACAGCUGCCUCUGAUUGGGAACCACACCCUGCCAACAUAGAAAUAUAUAAUUAGAUUUCACACCCUGACCAACCCAACUAGAGAUCUCAAUGUCAGGGCGUGACAGUACCCCCCCCCCCCCCCCCCCCCCAAAGGUACAGACUCCGGCCGCAAAAACCUGACUCAUUAGGGGAGGGUCCGGGUGGGCAUCAAGCCUCGGUGGCGGCUCCGGCUCCGGCUUCGGACGUGACGUAGGCAGUAAACUCCUUUCCCAUCCUGCCUCCCCUUUGCACGCCCGGUCCGGUCUGGACCCCGGCACGAUGCUCCCCCUCUCAGUCCUCCCACAAUGCACCAAGCCCUGUCUGGACCCUGGUGUGGGAGCCCUCGACCCUGGAGAGGGGGGGGGGGCUGACGUCUGGUCCCGGCCCAGCAGUCCUCCCGCAAUGCACCAAGUCCUGUCUGGACCCUGGUGUGGGAGACCCCGACCCUGGAGAGGGGUUGACGUCUGGCUCCGGCUCGGACCCCGGUGGAGCGGAUGGCUCCGGCAUGGGGGAAGAGUAGAUGACCGGACCCGGACUGGGCACCGGUGAAGCGGACUGCCCCGGCUCUGGUAGGGAGCAGAUAACCGGAGCUGGACUAGGCACCGGUGGAGCGGACUGCUCUGGCACUGGAGUGAAGCAGCUGACCGGAGCUGGACUAGGCACCGGUGGAGCGGACUGCUCUGGCACUGGAGUGGAGCAGCUGACCGGAGUUGGACAUGGCACCGGUGGAGCGGACUGCUCUGGCACUGGAGUGGAGCAGCUGACCGGAGCUGGACUAGGCACCGGUGGAGCGGACUACUCUGGCACUGGCUCCUGCUCCCUCUUAACUAACAGCUCCUGUAAGGUGGUGGCCUCCUCUCUCAGAGUGCUGAGCUGCAGGUCUUUAGCUGCUUGGAGGGCCUCCAUCUUCAGAGUGGCCCCCUCUAUAGCUCUCUCCUCCUUCACAGUCAGCCCUUUCAGGGCCUCCUGCUGCGUCGCCAACCACCACGUGUGCCCCCCAAUUUUUUUGGGGGGGGCUGCCUCUCGGGUUUCCUUCGUGAUCGGGACCUUUUGAGUCGCCGUUUUUUCUCCCUCGCUGCGAUCCAUACCUGCCUGGAUCUCUUCCCACGUCCAUGAUCCUUUUCCGUCUAAUAUCUCCUCCCAUGUCCAUGAUGUCUGCUCCUCCUGUUCACGCUGCUUGGUCCGUUGGUGGUGGGAUCUUCUGUCAUGUUCGUUGUGUAAAGGAUCGGACCAGGGUGCAGCAUGGUAUGCGUACAUAGUCAUUUAUUUUAAUAAACACAGACAAAAUAGCAAAAUCCAACAGAACGUGAAGUUCAAGAGGCUAAACAUCAAACAAGCCAAACAGAAACAAGAUCCCACAACUAAGGUAGGCAACAUGGCUGCCCAAGUAUGAUCCCCAAUCAGAGACAACGACCGACAGCUGCCUCUGAUUGGGAACCACACCCGGCCAACAUAGAAAUAUAUAAUUAGAUUUCACACCCUGACCAACCCAACUAGAGAUCUCAAUGUCAGGGCGUGACAGCUCUAUCGAAGGCCUGGCGCUGCUUGGUUACCUCAGCAGUGUAGUCUGGGUAUAUGUUAAUCCGAGCCUCGUUGAAGGACAGGGGGAAUUGCUGGCGGGACAGGCGCUGAAUCUUUUCCUUCUCGGGGUCAUGGUGGAUUUUGGCAAUCAUGCGUAGCAGAGAGCAUACUGAUGCGGUGCGCUUGUUCCACUUUUAGGGCAUGGUGGAAAUUGUCAAUCCCUUACAGUUUUGGUAUGAGUUCUGCCACGAACUGUGCUGGUCUGCCCUUCUAAAUAUUUUCUUCCAAGCCUGUGAUUUUGAUAUUUGAACGCCUUGAACGUCCCUCGAGGUCAAUUAGCUUGAGUUUCAUAGCUGUGUUUAAAAUCAAAUCAAAUAAAAAUGUAUUUGCCACAUGCGCCGAAUACAGGCCUCUCUCAUCUUUUUAAGUGGGAGAACUUGCACAAUUGGUGGCUGACUAAAUACUUUUUUUCCCCACUGUAUGUACAUGUGGGUAGAGUUAAAGUGACUAUGCAUAAAUAGUAAACAGAGUAGCAGCAGCGUAAAAGAGGGGAUUGGGUGGGGUGGGGGUUAGUGCAAAUAGUCUGGGUAGCCAUGAUUAGCUGUUCAGGAGUCUUAUGGCUUGGGGGUAGAAGAAUCACAUAGUCAUCCGGAACAGCUGGUGCUCUCAUGCAUGCUUCAGUGUUGCUUUCCUCGAAGCGAGCAUAGAAGUGGUUUAGCUCAUCUGGUAGGCUUGUGUCACUGGGCAGUUCGCGGCUGUGCUUCCCUUUGUAGUCUGUAAUAGUUUUCAAGCCCUGCCACAUCCGACGAGCGUCAGAGCCGGUGUAGUACGAUUCAAUCUUAGUCCUGUAUUGACUCUUUGCCUGUUUGAUGGUUCGUCGGCGGGCAGAGCGGGAUUUCUUAUAAGCUUCCGGGUUAGAGUCCCACUCCUUGAAAGCUCUACCCUUUAGCUCAGUGCGGAUGUUGCCUGUAAUUCAUGGCUUCUGGUUGGGGUAUGUACGUACGGUCACUGUGGGGACGACGUCAUCGAUGCACUUAUUGAUGAAGCCAGUGACUGAUGUGGUGUACUCCUCAAUGCUAUCUGAAGAAUCCCGGAACAUAUUCCAUUCUGUACUAGCAAAACAGUCCUGUAGCUUAGCAUCUGCGUCAUCUGACCACUUUUUUAUUGACAGAGUCACUGGUGCUUCCUGCUUUAGUUUUUGCUUAUAAGCAGGAAUCACGAGGAUAGAGUUAUGGUCAGAUUUGCCAAAUGGAGGGCGAGGGAGAGCUUUGUAUGCGUCUCUGUGUGUGGAGAAAAGGUGGUCUAGAGUUUUUUUUCCUCUGGUUGCACAUUUAACAUGCUGAAAUGAGGUAGAACGGAUUUAAGUUUGUUGUUAGUAGCUCUUCAUACUGUCCCUCGAGGGUGGUGAUGCAUGUCUCGUGGUCACCUGCGUUUCCUUCCAGGUCAAUAAUGUGGGUUGUGUGGUCAGCCAGGGAGGUUUGCACUGAUUGAAAGGAUGAGUCCAGAUGAUUAAAUCGAGCGUUCAUGUCCUAUUCCAUUUUCUUGAUAGCUGCUAAUAUGAUAGUCGGUGAAGGAUCCGCGUCAGGGUUAGCCAUGCUAGCCAUUACGGCCAGGCUAACGCAAGCAUCGCCAUCCUCGUCUUGUGCUGUGGUGGGUUCAGACACGACCGUAGGGACUACGCCGUCCCUGUUGUUUUUGGAUUUAUUAGUUUCCCCAUAACGUUGCUCAUUGUAGCAGUUUGGUCGGGCAAAAGUAGAAUUUAAAUCAAAUUUAUGCAGGGGUGAGGAGGAGGUAGUCAGAGAAGCGUCUACUCCAUGUGGUGCUCACUUGCGCCCCCCGUCAAUACAGUGCUUCAAUGGGAAAAGAUGAGUGUGAAAAAAUUGAUUCUUAUGUCAACACAUGGCAGUCAGUGGGAAAAGAAGAGAGUCACAAGAUUGACACUUAUGUCAACUGGCCAUGCUCCCAGCAAUCUUUGCGGUGCCAAUGGGAAAAGAUGAGCGUCAACCAAUUGAAGCUUAUGUCAAUACAUUCCAGUCAAUGGAAAAAUAUGAAAAGAUGAGACUUACAGACAGACAGACAUACAGACAGACAGGCAUAGGGACAUCGCUCUCUCUCUCUGUUCCCUUAUCCACCCUAGCCCCGUCUCUCUCUUCUCUCUCUACCUCCCUCACUCCACUUCUCUUGCCCCAUGUCUCUUUCUCUCUACCUCCUCUUUAUCCCCCCUCCUCUUCUCUCUCCCUCCCCCUUCUCCCCCUCUCUCUCCCUCCUUCUCUCCCUUUCUGCCUCCCCCUCUCUCUUUUCUCUCUCCCUUUCUCCCUCCUACCUCCCUAUCGUUCUCUCUCCCCUUCCUCUUUUCUCUCCCCCCUCCCUCCUUCACCCUCUCCCUCUCCUCCCUCCCCCUCCUCUCAUCUCUCUGUCCCUCUCCCUCCACUCUCUGUCUGUUGACUCUCUCUCCCACCUCCCUCCUUCAUCCUCUUCCUUUCUCUCUCCCCUCUCUCCCCCUCCUCACUCUCCCCUUCUCUCUCUCCCUCCUCCACCCCAUUCUCUUUGCCUUCUUCUUUCCAUCACUCCCCCUCUUCUUCUUCCCCUCUCCCUCCUCUCUCUCCCUCCUCUUUCCCACCUCCACAGACAGGAUAUUGUUACAUAAUUAUGCAUAAGUCAAAAAUGACAUUCAAUGCAAAAAAGUUGGUGAUACAGCUGCAAUGGGUAAAUUGGUGAAAGACAGACAGACACAAAGACAGACAGACAGACACACAGGCAGACAGACAGGCAGACACACAGACAGAUAGACAAGCAGAUGCAGACAGACAAAAUGACAGACAGACACAGGCAAUUUCAAAUUUCAAGUCGAUCUAAAUAAAUGUGACCAAUAUCCUCUUCAGAAUUAAUUAUUGUUUUCAUCUGGAGCGUCUGUUGAAUGAUCCCAUUCCUGAAUUUGUUUUCUAACCUCAACCGUUCUACUGAUGUCACUCAAAAGCACAUUAACUCUAGGUCAGGCUUCAAGUGAGGCCUACCUUUCUGCAAUGUAGUGGGGGGUGGGGUGAAUUAAUGAAUGCAUGUUUUGUUUGCUUAAUUCCAGCCCAAGCAGCAGUACUGUCAGCCAUUGGGGCCAAAGUGGCAGCCAGUGAGAAUGAAGUGGAAGAGCUGAAGAAAGAGAAUGCAGGUAAGUAUUUGGAUAUGAAUUCAUUUGAGAGUUCGUUUUGUUCAGUGAUAUGUUUUGUUUGCAUAGUUCCAGCCCAAGCAGCAGAACUGUCAGGGGGCCAUACCCACUGGGCACAGACUUCAGUUCAAUGUCUAGCUUUGAUUUACAUUUGGUUGAGUUGGCAACUAAUGUGAAUUCAACGUGAAAUAAAGAAAACAUUUCACCAUGUCAUUGGAUUUAGGUUAAAAGUUGCGUGAAAAAAAGACAAUGCCCUUACGAUGACUUUUUACAAAUCCAAUUAGUUUUCCAUGUUGAUUCAACGUCAUCACAUUGAUUUUUUUGGGGUUGAAAUGACAUGGAAACAACAUUGAUUCAACCAUUUUUUGCCCAGUGGGUAGUCACAGAAAGAGGUAGAGGAGCUGAAGAAAAAGAAUGCAGCGAAAUGUGUAGAUAUUAAUUUAAUUAUUUAAUUUGAUUUAAUUUAUCCCUAAAAACAAUUGUUUAUGAUUUGGUUGUCUGUAUCAGAUCAAGAGCUCCAAAAAUGUUCUCUCCGUAAUUGCCGCCAUGGGGGCCAAGUGACAGCUAGCUAGAAAGAGGUGGAGGAGCUGAAGAAAGAGAAUGCAGGUAAGUGGCUUUUAUACUGUGACACCUUGGUGACAGUGUUGAUUGCCAACUCAUUCUACCAGCAACAGAAACAUUUUCACAAACUGUGCAUCUAUCAUUUCCAGAAGUUGUUGGUGACAACUAUCUAUUUAUCUUCGCAACAAAGCCUCCUUCACUCAUGCUGCCGAACAUGCCCUCGUUAAACUGACUAUCCUACCGAUCCUUGACUUCGGCGAUGUCAUUUACAAAAUAGCCUCCAACACUCUACUCAGCAAAUUGGAUGUAGUCUAUCACAGUGCCAUCCAUUUUGUCACCAAAGCCCCAUAUUCUACCCACCAUUGUGACCUGUACGCUCUUGUUGGCUGGCCCUCACUACAUAUUCGUCGCCAAACCCACUGGCUCCAGGUCAUCUAUAAAUCACUGCUAGGCAAAUCCCCGUCUUAUCUUAGCUCAUUGGUCACCAUAGCAACACCCACCCGUAGUCUGCGCUCCAGCAGGUAUAUCUCACUGGUCAUCCCCAAAGCCAACACCUCCUUUGGCCGCCAUUCCUUCCAGUUCUCUGCUGCCAAUGACUGAAACGAACUGCAAAAAUCUCUGAAGCUGGAGACGCUUAUCUCCCUCACUAACUUUAAGCGUCAGUUGUCAGAGCAGCUUACCGAUCACUGCACCUGUACACAGCCAUUCUGAAAUUAGCCCACCCAACUACCUCAUCCAAAUAUUGUUAUUUAUUUUGCUAAUUUGCACCCCAGUAUCUCUAUUUGCACAUCAUCUUUUGCACAUCUAUCAUUCCAGUGAUAAUACGAAAUGGUAACUAUUUUGCACUAUGGCCUAUUUAUUGCCUUACCUUCAUAAUUUACUACAUUCGCACACACUGUAUAUAUAUUUUCUGUUGUAUUUUUGACUUUAUGUUUUGUUUUACCCCAUAUGUAACUCGGUGUUGUUGUUUUUAUCGCACUGCUUUGCUUUAUCUUGGCCAGGUCGCAGUUGUAAAUGAGAACUUGUUCUCAACUGGCUUACCUGGUUAAAAAAGGUGAAAUACAAAAAUAUAAAAAAAUCUCCUCAGCUAAUUAUCUAAUGAUACUGUAUGUUACACGUGUUGUUUCCAGUCUUCUUAUAAAAGUCUUAUAGAAGUCGGAACAUUUUAUGAAUGUAUCUUUCAAAGUGUAUCAUAUCAAUGCCUUAGGCUCUUUAGGUCAACAAUAUGAAUGUUGUGUUGUUGGGAGCGCUGGUUGGAAUCUCAGGUACACCAUGACAGACAUAGACCACAUUACAGUAACACUGAAGUACAGUCGUGGUCAAAAGUUUUGAGAAUGACACAAGUAAUGGUCUUCAGAAAGUUUGCUGCUUCAGUGUUUUUAGAUAUUUUUGUCAGAUGUUACUAUGGUAUACUGAAGUAUAAUUACAAGCAUUCCAUAAGUGUCAAAGGCUUUUAAGUUUAUGCAAAGAGUCAAUAUUUGCAGUGUUGACCCUUCUUUUUCAAGACCUCUGCAAUCCGCCCUGGCAUGCUGUCAAUUAACUUCUGGGCCACAUCCUGACUGAUGGCAGCCCAUUCUUGCAUAAUCAAUGCUUGGAGUUUGUCAGAAUUUGUGGGGUUUUGUUUGUCCACCCGCCUCUUGAGGAUUGACCACAAGUUUUCAAUGGGAUUAAGGUCUGGGGAGUUUCCUGGCCAUAGACCCAAAAUGUUGACGUUUUGUUCCCCAAGCCACUUAGUUAACACUUUUGCCUUAUGGCAAAGUGCUCCAUCAUGCUGGAAAAGGCAUUGUUCGUCACCAAACUGUUCUUGGAUGGUUGGGAGAAGUUGCUCUCGGAGGAUGUGUUGGUACCAUUCUUUAUUCAUGGCUGUGUUCUUAGGCAAAAUUGUGAGUGAGCCCACUCCCUUGGCUGAGAAGCAACCCCACACAUGAAUGGUCUCAGGAUGCUUUACUGUUGGCAUGACACAGGACUGAUGGUAGCGCUCACCUUGACUUCUCCGGACAAGCUUUUGUCCGGAUGCCCCAAACAUUCGGAAAGGGGAUUCAUCAGAGAAAAGGACUUUACCACAGUCCUCAGCAGUCCAAUUCCUGUACCUUUUGCAGAAUAUCAGUCUGUCCCUGAUGUUUUUCCUGGAGAGAAGUGGCUUCCUCGCUGCCCUUCUUGACACCAGGCCAUGCUCCAAAAGUCUUUGCCUCACUGUGUGUGCAGAUGCACUCACACCUGCCUGCUGCCAUUCCUGAGCAAGCUCUGCACUGGUGGUGCCCCGAUUCUGCAGCUGAAUCAACUUUAGGAGACGGUCCUGGCGCUUGCUGGAAUUUCUUGGGCGCCAUGAAGCCUUCUUCACAACAAUUGACCCUCUCUCCUUGAAGUUCUAGACGAUCCGAUAAAUGGUUGAUUUAGGUGCAAUCUUACUAGCAGCAAUAUCCUUGCCUGUGAAGCUCUUUUUGUGCAAAGCAAUGAUGACGGCACGUGUUUCCUUGCAGGUAACCAUGGUUAACAGAGGAAGAACAAUGAUUUCAAGCACCACCCUUUUAAAGCUUCCAGUCUGUUAUUCUAACUCAAUCAGCAUGACAGAGUGAUCUCCAGCCUUGUCCUCGUCAACACUCUCACCUGUGUUAACGAGAGAAUCACUGACAUGGUGUCAGCUGGUCCUUUUGUGGCAGGGCUGAAAUGCAGUGGAAAUGUUUAUUUGGGAUUAAGUUCAUUUUCAUGGCAAAGGGGGACUUUGCAAUUAGUUGCAAUUCAUCUGAUCACUCUUCAUGACAUUCUGGAGUAUAUGCAAAUUGCCAUCAUAAAAACUGAGGCAGCAGACUUUGUGAAAAUUAAUAUUUGUGUCAUUCUCAAAACUUUUGACCACGACUGUACAGUGUAGUUAAAAAACUGUGCAGUUCACAGACAGACCAAAGGUGGCAUUCUCUCCCAAUCUGAGGAAUUCAUUUGAGAAGGUAGGACCCUUCACUGAUGAUACCACUAUGGUCUUCACCAAAGUCAUCACAAACAUCAACAAUGCGUACAGCCCAGUUACAGGUACUAUUUACACACCUUUCUACAUGUAUGUACACAUCAUUUCCAAAGAGACCAGCUACAAGCACUGAGUCCAAUGUCACUAACAGGCUGUCUAUGGGAGAACACCAGUGACAUUGUUGAUCACUCCAUGCAAUUCCUCUGAUGCAGAUACCUUCACAGCACCAGUAAGAGGAGUCUACUACUUCAGAUUCACUGGCUUGGACAACCGCAAAUCUCUGUACGUGGGCGCAUGGUUGAUGCGUAAUCGCUGGCCCAUAAUGUUAUUGCAACAGAGCAAUAGUCAUGGAGGGCAGGAUUAUUUAUCCAGUGGAGCAAUUCUAAAGAUGGAGCAGGGGAACUCGGUCUACAUGACGCUCCCAAAAGGCUACAGGCUCAUUGAUAAUGGCUUUCACAACAGCUUCAGUGGAUUCCUGCUCUUCCCUGUGUGA